AAAAGAACACAAAUCAUAAUAACAAAUUAACAAGAAAGUGUAGUAGGUUCUGAAAAAGGAAGCGAUUUUCGCCAUUUUUGGAAGGAUUUGUUGCAGACUCAAACUUGAUCUUCUGCUCCUCCUUUCACCCUUAUAUGAUCCAACACGACAAACCCAACCCCAACCCAAUACACAAACCCACACUCUCUCUUUCUCUCUCCUAAUUUUCCCCAUUUAUUAACCUUUCAUAAAAACGGAUUUAAAGAAUCUUCAGCUUUCUGCUUCCAUUCUUCACUCGAUCAUUCUUUUAUUCAUACUCCUCCCUUAAACCCAGGUAGAGGCGGAUUUUUCAAAGGAGAGAGAAAAAAAAAGAAGAGUUGUUGAAAAUGGCAGUGGUUGAAAAUGGUGUCAAGAGUGAUUUGGGUGUGGAUAACGGGUCAUCAGUCAAUCGGACCACCGAAAUGAGAGAACUGGAAGAGAUGUUAUCGAAGCUCAAUCCAUGUGCCCAGGAAUUUGUUCCUCCAUCUCUUCUCACUAAUCACAAUCAUCAUCCUCAUCACCAACCUCAAUUUCAUCCCUCUUUUGUGCCUAAUUUUGUCCCUAAUCCUAUGGAUGACCCCUUCAGAGUUUUCCCUAAUCAUCAGAUUAAUAAUAACAUUCUCAGAAAGAAGAAGAGUAAUUUUGGUAAUGGUCAAGGGAAGCGUAGGCCGAAUAAUCGAACUGGUAUGGCUCAAAGGGAAGAGGUUAUUAGGAGAACUGUUUAUGUUUCUGAUAUUGAUCAACAGGUGACUGAGGAGCAGCUGGCAGGGCUUUUCAUCAACUAUGGACAGGUGGUUGAUUGCCGUGUUUGUGGUGACCCAAAUUCUGUGCUUCGUUUCGCUUUUGUCGAGUUUACAGACGAGGAAGGUGCACAGGCUGCAUUGAGUCUGUCAGGAACUAUGCUUGGAUAUUAUCCUAUCAAAGUUUUGCCUUCUAAGACUGCAAUUGCUCCUGUAAACCCCACAUUUUUGCCUCAGAACGACGAUGAGCGUGAAAUGUGUGCAAGGACUGUUUACUGCACUAACAUCGACAAGAAGGUUUCUCAUACUGAAAUCAAAGUUUUUUUCGAGACAAUUUGCGGAGAGGUUUAUCGCUUGAGGAUGCUUGGAGACAAUCACCAUUCUACUCGUAUUUGUUUUGUUGAGUUUGUGAUGGCUGAAAGUGCAAUAGCUGCUCUUAAUUGCAGUGGUGUGGUAUUGGGAUCUUCGGCAAUAAGGGUGAGCCCAUCGAAGACACCAGUCCGCCCUCGUGCUCCCAGAAAAUCUAUGCAGUGAUUCAUCAUCUUUGGCUCUUUUGAGGAACACAGGAGUACUUUUUGUAUAUUCUGGACAUAGAGAUGACUAUGUAAAGUCAGUAAACAUGGCAUACUCCCUACUUCUUUUGUUCCUGCCUGAAUUAAUUCUUAUCAGGAAGUAUCGUAUUUCAUUCUGGGUCUAUCUACUUACUACUACUUAAUAUGGGCAUAUAGAGUUGGAUUGGAUGGAACUUUGAGGAUCUUGCAAGGUUGUAUAUGACGCACAGCAGAAUGAAGGUGCAGCUGUUUUUGACUGACAAUUACUACUUUAUUAUUAUAACUUAACGAUGAUUACCCCGUUGUCGUGGUAGCAGUUAUUAUUGAGGAUGAUUUUAUUUCCCCUAGUAACUAUGAUGGGUUUCGAGUUCAUGUUUA